AUGGUGGAAGAUAAUCAUCCCGUCGACACAGAUUUCUCUACUUUGACUCAAGGAUUAUCCGAUGAAAUCAUCAAGUCUUUCCACAGUGAUCGCCAAUUCAAGCCCAUUCUUCCUUCUAUGGACCAGCCUGUUAACAUCUCUCCAGAAGGCUAUGUCGGUGUUUACACCGUGUUCUUCAGUUCUGGACUCCGCCUACCCUCCUUUGAGUUCUUAAAUUCCAUUCUUGGGUUCGUCUUUAUCUUGUUUCAUCAGUUUUAUGUAACUAUGACGAGCGGCGAUUGGGUGUCUUUUUCUUUGCGCUCUGGAGCUAUCAAAAUAUGCGACGGGUUACCCACCUCUAUCAAGAAAUGGAAUACCGAGUUCUUCUUUGUAGAUGCAUCUGCUUUCGGAGUUGUUAUGCAGUUUGAAAGCCUUUUAAACCGUGACCAUGAACCAAACCCUGAACUUACUGUAGAUAAUCAAUACACUGUAGACCGAUUGGUUGCUAAUUCUAUCAAAUGGUCUGAUCAUGACGAUUCGAUUCUCGAAAUUGUCGGACAAUCAAACACGCUUCUUGAACGCCUUCUCCGAAAAUGUAAUACCCAUAUUCCAAGGUUGUUGAGGGGCCUACCAUGA